CAAAGGAAGCUCUUGUUCGCGUCCUGCCGCUCACAGGACCCCUCUCUGUCUUUCGUGCGGCUCUUGUCCCCAGAGCUCUGUCGGAACGCUUCUCGACGAAGUUAAGUUUAACCUCGGGCGGACGUGAGACCGCAUAAGCGCCGAGUUUUGUUGAUCUACUCUACCUCAGACAGAAUGUCAGCUCCGCCGAAAAAGAGUGGCGCCUUGGCCACCCUGGCUCCGGUGACCGCGGGUGCGGCCACCGUGGCCGUUACAAUGUACCCCGUAGACGUCUGUCGUGCCUUGGUGAUGGCGAAUCCAGGUAAGAGAUCUGUUUCAAGUUUCGCGCGACUGCCAUGAACGACCACGUAAGUAUGAUAAGAAUUGCUUCUGGUGAUCACAUGAUAUCAUAGAAACAAUCCUAACGCAGGCGUCGGAGCGGGCGAAGCAAUUUCUGGUUUUUUGAAGACCCACGGAGUUGCUGGUUUCGCGAAGCAGGGUAUGGUCGCGGAGCUGACCAGGGGCACCUUUUCCCGAGUGGUGAAAUUUUGGGUGCAGCCCAUCGCACACGAGGGUGUCUUCGGGCGCAAGCAAAAGGACGGCACGCCACUGACCAAGGGCGUCGCGGGUAUGCUGGCCACCGUGCCCGAAGUAGUGAUUAUUAGUCCCAUCGAGAACAUUAAGUUGGCCGAGCAGCUCGACAAGGAAAAACGAUUCAAUGGUAUUUCUGCUGCUGUUUGACAUUUCUUGUAGACGUGGUUCUGCGCGGUUGUGUACUGCGGGUAGCAGUGAAGUAUUGACGACUGGAAUUGGAAAAAUCUUAUCACGACUCUGCAGAUCCAUCUUUCGACCGUGUGCAUUCCAUAAUCCACACCCAGGUAUGUCCUCUGUUGCAAGCCAUCUGUACAAGACCCGCGGUUCGGCGGGGCUCUACAUCGGCUACGCAGGGAUGCUAUCAACUGCAAAAGUGUCUGGGUCUGGAAGAGUGCCAGACUUGUAAUGCAGGUUUUCCAUGACCCAUGAGGUCUGGUAUGUAGGACAUAGCAUGACAGAUUCUCUGAGAGUUCUAUCCUGCCUAUCCUGAGUGAGAAACUGCCUCCCAAAUUGGUCGAAAGUGGACAGCUUUUGGCACUCAUGCAACACAGAUUUUUGCAUCAUUCGGAAUUAGCAUGACAAGUUGCAAUCUUCCAGACCCAGACACUUUUGCAAUCUAUAGAUGCAGGUCCGUCAGGCCGCAUGGACCGGCGGUUUCUUUGCUUCUUUUACGAAGGUGAAAAUGAUUUCUUGGACAUUCGUUCUCGGCCCAGCAAAGCAAGAUAGUACUUACUUUGCCACCUGGCGCUAGCGCUUUUGAAGCGUCGAAAUAAGCGCUACACCGCACAAAGAUGGUGAUGUGAGUUGCGAUCAAGUGGAAAUUAUUUUCAACGGGAUAAUUCGCGACGUCUUCUCCGGAGCAGCGCAAUCGGUGUUCGGGAAGGGAAUCAUGAGCGACGUGAUUGGUACGUGAAAGAUUGCAUGUGUCCUCUUUUCAACUCUAAACCGAAUGCAAAAAAAUGCAACAUCUUUAUUUCACGGCCUCUGCAUAAUCUAUCAGGUGGAUUCGGGGCCGGUAUGUUCGGCGUCAUGCUGAAUUGCUGGUGCGACGUGACGAGAACGAUCAUCCAGAAGGAAGCCAUCGCGGUAUGAAACUGAAAGCAUCUUCCCUUGACGGCACUUUAUGACUGGAGUUGCAGUUCGUUGCUAAAGCUAUUGGAGGCACGAAGAACUGAAGCAUUGCCAUUGCCGAAUGGCCAUGAAGGCGACUGAUUUGUGGGGCACCAUAAGUUAUAUUUUGGCAAUGCAAGAACCAGCACUUGAGUAUCACACUCAGCUUUGAGCCAGUGUUGCUCACACCGGGGAUUGUUUUCAAUUGGACAUACGGCCACGUUCGAUCCGAAAGGCGCAGUGACCACAUGGGCAGACAACAUAAACGUUCCCGGAUUCGUCGCAAAAGCCGGACAGAUUGCCUGUAUACUUUGACCCUGAUGUUUGUACCGUUGCUUAGUGGCAUGAAUGGUGCAUAGCAUUGUAGUACUGAACUACCCACGUAUUCCUAUUUUCUCGAAAUGGACAAAAACAACUACCAGCUGAGCGCGGUUUUAUGGCGGGACUCUACGCUGGCGUACACGUAAAAGCGGUGCAUCUUGGUGGAAGCGGGGCGUUGCUCGGUAUCGGGUAAAACAACCGUCCCUCUGGUGCAGAAAUUGGCUCUGCAAGCGCUGUUCGUGCAGCAUUUUUACAUGUUUCUGCAUCUGGAGCUGGAGGUCUGCCACUCCGCUGUGGUUUCAGCUAAAAUCUGUACAGCCAUGAGGUGGGAAAAAAAAUAGAGAAUGAAACGCAGACGUACAAACUUAAGUAUCUCAAACAUUACUACACAAGAGCGUGAAUGAUCGUAUGCAAAAAGUCGACGAUGACCGCUGCAGCCUUAGCGUCGAACAGCAAAGCUUGCGAACCAGGGGUGACAGGUUUUCUUCGUUUCCAUACUUCCGGUGCUCAUGCCGCGGUUCAAGACGUGGUUCGGUGUCGAAAGUUCCUAA